AUGACUUCAUCAGGUUCCAGGAGCCGAGGAGAAUUGGACAUAGAAAAAGCUUUGCAGAGAUUGGAGGAGGAGCAGCAAAGAAGUGAGACGUUUGCCGACACAAAUGCGCUGCUAAGAGACGACCUGGAACGCACGCAGGAAGCCAACAGAUAUCUGGGAGAAGAUCUAGAGAAGCUGACGGCUGAUUGGUCAGAAGCCAAACUGGAGCUUGAGAGAAAGGAAAAAGAAUGGGAGCUGGAGAAGGGGAUGUACAUCAGCCGGAUACAAGGGGAGAAGUCCCGCCUCCUACAUCUGUGGACCGAGGUCGUCUCAUUUCAUCGACUUUUUCGGGAACUGAAAACCGCAACAGAAAGAGAUUUAUCUGCCCUGCACGCUGAUUGGACAAGAUGUUCCUGCCUCCUGCAAACCUCAUGUUCCUCCUUCAUCUCAUGGAGGCUUCAGGAGCCACACAGAGGGCCAGAACCUCCAAACUAUCUCCUAGUUCGAUGGAACCAUGGAGUGAAAACCGUGGAAGAAGCCGGACAGGAAUAUACCUCGGAUACGGAGAUGGCAACGAAGGCUGUCGAGUCGUCAUUUGAGACUUUUAGACCCAAAGCGCAAUCCACAAGAUUAGAAAUGGAGUCCUCUGAACACGGUAUGGACCGGUCACACGUGGAGGCAUUGGAGUUUGAGCUAACGUCACUUAGGUCACAACUCAAGACUGCAGAACAGGAGACGAGCUUGCUGAGGUCAAAUUUGGAGACAUCCGAAGUGGACUUCCUCAGAUCACAACUGGAGGCCUCGGGACAGGAAGUGGACUUCCUCAGAUCACAACUGGAGGCCUCGGGACAGGAAGUGGACUUCCUCAGAUCACAACUGGAGGCCUCGGGACAGGAAGUGGACUUGCUGAGAUCACAACGGGAGGCCUCAGGACAGGAAGUGGACUUCCUCAGAUCGCAACUGGAGGCCUCAGGAGAGGAAGUGGACUUGCUGAGAUCACAACUGGAGGCCUCGGGACAGGAAGUGGACUUGCUGAGAUCACAACUGGAGGCCUCGGAACAGGAGUCAAGCUUAAUGAGGUCACAGUUCGAAAACGUUGGCUCAAUGAAGCCGCAACUUGAAGAAGCAGAUUUGGAAAUGAACAAGAUGAGGUCGCAGCUUGAGACAACUGAACAGGAAGUAAGCUUGAUGAGGGUAAACCUUGAAGAAGCAAAGCAGGAAACAAGCUUAUUGAGGUUGCAACUAGAAAAGGAGCCAGAGUUGGAUUCCCUGAAGUCACAGUUGGAACUAUCAAAGCUGGAAGUUAAGUCACUGACAUCCCUAGCUGAAGCAUCUAAACAGGAAGUGAGUUCAUUGAGGUCCCGGCUGGGGGUGUCGGAGCAGGAAGUGAGUUCAUUGAGGUCCCGGCUGGGGGUGUCGGAACAGGAAGUGAGUUCAUUGAGGUCCCGGCUGGGGGUGUCGGAACAGGAAGUGAAUUUGCUGAAGUUAAAACUUGAGACCUCUUUAGAUAAAUUGGAGUCCAGCAAGCUCCAUACUGAAGAGCUAGAGCGGGAAUUGCUUCCCAUCCGGUCACAGUUGGAUGGUUGCUCUCUGGAGGUGGAGUCUCUUAGGUCACGUCUGAAGAAGCGGGAAGGGGAAGUGACGUCUCGCUUACAUCACAUGGAGCAAGAGCUGCGAGAAAGCCACCAACAAUCGAUGGAUGUUGUUGCGUCAGAACGCUCCGAUCUUCUCCACCACGUUGUGUUGUUGCGUGAAGAGCUCCUGCGCACUCGCCUGGAGUUUGACCUUUCCCGUGAUGAAAACGCCGGUCUACAGAGCGCUCUUCACAAGGUAGCCUAA